AUGUUUGACGGCGUGCGAUUCCGCUUGCACAAGCUGAAUGUGUUGCAGGCAACGGUUUUUGGCACGACGUCGGGCAAGCGCACGAAAAAAGUUGGCAUCUGUGGCAAGUACGGCACCCGCUACGGCUCUUCGCUCCGUAAAGUCGUGAAGAAGAUUGAAAUUUCUCAGCACGCCAAGUACCUUUGCGUGUUUUGUGGCAAGGAUUCGAUCAAGCGCACGGUGACGGGCAUUUGGAAGUGCCGCUCGUGCUACAAGACCAUUGCCGGCGGCGCGUACUUGCUGAACACGGCGUCGGCCGCGACAGUGCGCUCGACUCUGGCUCGUCUUCGCAAAAUUCGUGAUGACGCCACGGCGUAG